CGUCUCCCCGACUCCCGAAGGCCGCAUCCCGCUGUCCCGCAGCCGCACAGGCGCACAGGUCGCGACUCGGACUCGCGUCUCGCGAGCGGCCGAGCGCCGCCGCGCCGGAGCGCAAGGAGGAGCCGCCGCCGCCGCGGUCCGCCAGGCGCCAGCGCUCCCGUGACCCCGUCCACUCCCGGCUCCCUCACAGGCGCUCCCGUCGUUCGCUCCCGUCCGGCUCCGGUCCAGCUGUUCCCUCCGCUCGACCCCCGAGCCGAGGCCCCGAGCCCCCGACGGCGGACGGCUCACGGCCGGCACUCAAGCAGCGCCGCAGCGGCAGCGGCCACGGCCCGGAAGCACGAAAGGAAAGGCAUGUCGUCGUCCAAGGACGCUCCCCUGAGCCCUCGAUCCCAGCUGGCGCUGAGUUGCUUCGAGGAGCUCCUCGACUGCGCCGUGGCGGACGUCGCGUCCGAGUGCCACCGCAUCGCGCGCCUCGGCCUGGACCGCAGCGUCGACGCCGAGGAGGAGGAGCUCCGCGUCUGGGCGGCGCGUGCGGCGGCGGCCGCCGCCGGAGGCGACCACCACCACCACCCCGGUGGAGGCGGGGCCGCCGAGGAGGGCGGGAGCAAGGGCGGGGUCGACGUGUUCGGCCAGACGCACCCCGCCAUCGCCGCCGAUGUCGUCGAGUGUAUGAACUGCGGUCGCCCUGUCGUUGCCGGCCGCUUCGCCCCGCACCUCGAGAAAUGCAUGGGCAAGGGGCGGAGAGCUCGAACAAAAAUUACAAGGAGCAGUACAGCUGGGCGCACGAGAAGCAGCAACGGCAGCGCUGCGACUUCCUACUCUCCAUACCCCACCACGGGGAACCCUAAUAGGGCAAGCAUCCCUAAUGGUGUGACUGAUGGUGGCAGCGGUAGCGCAAGGGGAGAUUACAGCAACCAUGCAUCGUAGGGGUGCUGACUGAGCCUGUUCUCAGGUUUGGUUGUGCCGUAGGGGGUGCUGACUCACCUGUACUCAGGUUGCCUUGAACACGUUUCGUUGAUAAGUAUGGUCUAUGAACUGCGAAUACCACUGGUGAUCAGUGAAGGUCAGGAGCCAUGACGAAGGUUGAAUCCUGCUUUUAGAACCUGUUGAGAAGAUCACCUGUUGGUCAGUGGAUUUCUACGUUUUGUACAGCUUCUUGUUUCGAUCAGUAUUCAGUACUAGUUUGUUACAGUACCUAUAGUAGAGCUCUUUGUAUGGUGGAUCUAUGGCAUAUCUUUUUUGAAAAAGGUAAAGGUUCCAUUGCAUCACAAACAUGUUAUAAACAUGUUACAGAGAUUAGGAUUUUGUUACCCCAGUCAUUGUUUUUUGUAGCA